AUGCGCCAAUCACUUAGUCUCCUUGCCGCGGUCUCGCGCCGACCAGCGUCAAAAUUGAGGAACCCCGCCGUCAGUCUUGACCAUUUCAUCCAAAGACAACGUACUCUGACGUUCUGGCGAGAGAUCGUACGCGCCCUACAUAAGAUCCCGCCUUCCUCAACACGAGAUGAAUUGCACAGCUAUGCGCGUCAAGAAUUCGAGAGACAUCGCGAGGUUUCGGAUCUGACAGGAAAGGCCGAGUUUGAUACCAUGAAGCGGUAUAUCGAAGAGCAGGUUGUUGGAUGA